CUUACUGCUGCUGUUCAGUCGCUCAGUAACUCAGUCAGAUUGAGUGGAAUAUACUGAAAGAGAGAAGAUGUCUUUUAUAAAAGUAGAUGCAACUUCUGAUUUCUCCUUCCACAACCUCCCAUAUGGAAUAUUCUCCACUCCUGAUAAUCUUAAACAUCGUAUUGGUGUUGCCAUUGGAGACCAGAUACUGGACCUCGGUGUGAUAAAGUCUUUGUUUCAAGGACCUGUGAUGUCCAAACAUCAGGAUGUCUUUGACCAGCCCACACUGAAUGCUUUCAUGGCUCUUGGUUAUGAGGCCUGGAGAGAAGCCAGGAGGACCUUACAGGUGUUGCUGUCAGCCAAUGAGAGCACACUGAGAGAUGACAUCAGCCUACGAAGCAGAGCAUUUGUCCAUCAGAGUGCAGCUACCAUGCACCUUCCCGCAGACAUCGGUGAUUACACCGACUUCUACUCCUCCAGAGAUCACGCCACCAACGUUGGCAUUAUGUUCCGGGGAAAGGAGAACGCUCUGAUGCCAAACUGGCUGAGGCUUCCAGUGGGAUACCACGGCAGAGCUUCAUCAGUGGUUGUUUCUGGGACCCCUAUCCGCCGCCCCUCAGGCCAGAUGAGACCUGACCAGACAAAACCUCCUGUGUUUGGCUCGUCUAAGCAGUUGGACAUUGAGCUGGAGAUGGCCUUCUUUGUUGGAGGAGGGAAUAAGUUGGGGGAGCCCAUUCCCAUCGAGAAAGCCCAUGAACACAUCUUUGGCAUGGUACUCAUGAAUGACUGGAGUGCCAGGGACAUUCAGGCGUGGGAGUAUGUUCCUCUGGGUCCUUUCUUGGGGAAGAACUUUGGGACAACCAUCUCUCCCUGGGUCGUCUCCAUGGAGGCACUGUUGCCGUUUGUAGAGCCCAACGCAGUCCAGGAUCCAGAGCCCCUCCCCUACCUCCAGCACCGAGAUGCUUACACUUUCAACAUUAACCUGUUUGUGUCACUAAAAGGACAGAACAUGGCAGAGCCAGCAACCAUCUGCAAGUCAAACUUUAAGUACAUGUACUGGACCAUGAAGCAGCAGCUCACCCAUCAUGCAGUCAAUGGCUGCAACAUGAGACCAGGAGACCUGCUGGCUUCUGGUACCAUCAGUGGGCCUGACCCAGAGAGUUUUGGCUCCAUGCUGGAGCUGUCAUGGAGGGGAUCUAAGAGCAUCGAUCUGGGAGGAGGAGAAACCAGAACCUUCCUGAAGGACGGAGAUGAAGUCACCAUCACAGGUUACUGUCAAGGAGAUGGAUACAGGGUGGGCUUUGGACCCUGCAUGGGAACCAUCCUACCAGCUGUACACUGAGACACACAUAUUGUUACUGUGGUCAUCGUUUUGUGGAGCAUAAAUACUGGAAGGCACAAACCCACACACCUACAGGAUCUCACCCUGCUUUGAUCCAUGAACGAAAAUAACCUGGGCUGGAAAAAAAAAAAAAAAAAAAAAAAAAUCCAUUUAAUCACAAUUUUUAAAUGAUUGGUCCAAAAUCCAUUUUUAAAAUCCUGAGAUAUUUGCAUUUGCAUCAUUUCUCAGUAAACAUGUACAUCUGCAAAAUAUAUACAGUGGUUACUAUACUGGUAUAUAUAUAUAUAUAUAUAUA